CUUCCAUUGGUCGAACUCUCUGAUGCGAGUCGACGGUAGCAGCAACACUGACAAUCCAUGACUCACACAAACGCGCUGCUUGUUGUGCUAGCAGCAGCGUAGCAGGUCAGCGUCAGUAGCACGAGAAGACAAUAAUAACAACAGCUGUGGCCGAAAUCAUCGAAAUCGACGUCGAUUUUGUUUGUUUUCUCAUUGAUUCGGCCAUUUUCUCAUCCCACAUCCAACCACUCAAUAGAAUGUGAGUUAAUUAGCAAUUCUAAACGUAAAUUAAGUGAAAAAGUGCGCAAAACAAGGGCAAAUUGCACACAGCCACCAUGAAUCCACCUCUACUCUAACGCAACGUGAUCACCAAUCUUCAUUUUUAAUCUCGCGAACAAAUUUCGAACAAAUGGCAGCGGUAAAUGUGCCAAAUGUGCCGGUGCCCAUUCGGAAAUAUCGGAGGGACGCCAGCGAAGUGAGCAGUUGUCUGAAAUACAUGAUAUUUGGAUUCAACGUUCUUUUUUGGUGGUUGGGUCUCGGUAUUCUUACAAUUGGAGUUUGGGCAUGGACAGAGAAAGAUAUAUUCAACAAUAUUUCGAAGGUUGCUAACGUCGCCUUGGACCCGGCGUUCAUUUUAAUGUGUAUAGGUACUCUUACAUUCGUUAUCGGAUUCACCGGCUGCGUGGGCGCGCUUAGAGAAAACACUUGCCUACUUGGAACGUACGCAUUGUUUUUGGCCAUACUGCUAUUGUUUGAAAUGACUGCCGGAAUUAUGGGUUUCAUAUUUAAAGACUGGAUUAAAUCACAAGCGACUAUCGGAUUUCAAACGUUUAUUAUUCAUUAUCGUGAGGAUCCUGAUCAGCAGAAUCUUAUUGAUUGGAUUCAAGAAGACUGGCUACAAUGUUGUGGAAUCGAGGGCCCAAAAGACUGGGAUAGAAACAAUUAUUUCAAUUGCUCGUCGCACGAUGUCGGUAGUCGCGAGGCCUGCGGAGUUCCCUUCUCGUGUUGCAAGCGUAAACCACACGAGUUGAUUAAGAACAAGCAGUGCGGCUAUGACGUCCGGAAGCCGGGUUUUCCGGGGGAGCGGCAUAUUUACGAGCGCGGCUGCUUGCGUGCGGGCGAGGAAUGGAUCGAAAGCAAUUUGGUGCCGGUUGCUGCUGUUACUGUCAGCAUUAUGGUGCUUAAGAAUGACGAUGUAUCUAAGAUAGUAAAUGAAAAAGGAUGCUUGAUGGCAGUUGAAGAAUGGACGGAGAGAAAUAUGAUUUCAUUGACCACAUUUGCCAUUAUAGUUUUAUUUUUUCAAAUACUGGGAAUCUGCUUCGCUCAAAAUCUCCGCGCUGAUAUAUUCGCUCAAAAAUCCAAGUGGCAUUGACACCCGCGGGCUCCCACGGCGGUGUAGUACAACUUGUUGUGUCGCAUUGCGUGGGAACCCGAACCAGCACUACUCGACUUUGUCUGAUCUUCAAGCAUAUAACGUUUUUAUCGAUCAUUAAUAGAUUCCUAAUCAUUCGAAUACUUACCUACCUACUACUCUUGUGUACCUUAAACACAGCGCAUACUUUUUGAAACUUAACACGUGCUUGUGUACAAUUCUGGCAUCAAAAUGUAAAAAGGACAUCUUUCGCUUCCAAGACGAAGAAGCCGCAUGGAAGUUAUUGUAUUAUCUGCGUCAACCGUUUACGAAAUAAUAGAUUGUACAGAAUAUUGUAAAUGUUGUACUAUUAUAGUAAUUGACGUAUUGUCUUAGGCUUUGUUAACAACAGCCAGUCAAGAUUCGAUUUUUGAUUCAAAUUUGUCAUUUGAACUGUGAUUCUUGCAUUUGUUAGAUUUACAAUUUGAUUUUUUGUCCUGGUUGGCGAAGUGAAAACACCAUCCUUGUAUGUAAAUUGUAUUUUAAACAGUUUUAAACCUGCUGUUCAAAAGUAAAUGACUAAAACUAGGUUGUAACUUGUCAAUGAAAAAUAUUGUUUGUGUAUAAACUCGAAAAUAAUACAAUCUUAAUAUUGCUA